GUACCUGCUCUAUGCUCUCAUCCCUACUCAUAUAUCCAUCUGCUUGCUGCUCGCACUUGAUGUCGAGAUCGAGUAGACUCAUAGCCCAUAUUGUAGAGUCUGCGGACCACCAGCUCAUCGAUCAUAAUCUUGCACAAUGGCGGACAUGGAAGUCGACGAGCCUAUCGUUGAACGAGACGAGGAAGAUGUCGAGGGCGACGAGGGCGACGAGGUCGAGGGUCUCGACGUCGGUGAGGCCGAUGAUGCCGUCAAGUUCGUGGAGGACGAGGAGUUCAAUUCCCGGACUGUCGAUGCCGAUGUGGCUUGGUUACUCAAAAUACCCAAUGACCUGUAUGAGCGACUAGCUCCUAUCAAGGUUACCGAUGAAGCCAAAGAGGUCGCUAAACUGCGGUAUUACUCAGACGGUACUUUCGCCUUCAUCCUGCCCAACGAGGAAGCACGCGAACAACCCGUAGCCUCAUCCAGCAAAAAUCCUGCUUCUCAGACCGCUUCGGGCACCGAACAGGAGGAAAAGGAGAUUACAUACGAUUUUAGGGAGAAUGUCAUCCCCGCCAAGUCGUCCAAAUGGAUGUACUACGAGGACGAGCGGAAACAUCGGUACAGCGGCCGAACGACCGAGCGCGCUCGACCUCGGCUCGUAAGUAAAGUCGGCAGGGAGUUCACUCUGGCUAGGAAGAUGAGCGCAGCGGCAUCGACGAGAGCAUUGAAGGAGGCCAACCUGAGAGAGCUGCAGAAGAAGAAGCGAACACAGUUGAUCGGUGAUACGAAUCUGACCAAAGCUCAGCAAAACAUCCUGGCAGGAGGAGGGCAACUCGAAAGCGGAAUUAUGCGUAAAGCAACGGAGAAGAAGCUGGAAAAGAAACCGGUCAAAGAAAGGGCUUACCGUAUCCUGGCUCAGAACCUGCAAGACAUCUUGUACGAAGAGUUCAAUCGGUACAAGUACUGGAAGAUGAACACCCUGCAGGAGCGAUUGCAACAGCCUACUUCGUGGAUCAGGCAGAACCUCAAAGCUAUCGCUGUGCGAGAAGAGACGGGGCCUUACCAGAACUACUGGAGGCUGCAAGACAAAUUCAGCGCUGCGCAGGGAGAAGCAGAAGAUGUCGGCGGGGCACCCGAGAACCAGGAUUAUUCGGAUGCAGCCCUCAUGGCGAUCAAAAACGAGCAGGUCGACGAAGCCGACGGAGAUGGCGACAUGGACGAAGAGGACGAAGAUCGGAAACCCAUCAUCGGGCAGGAUGGGCAGGCGCGGUCCGCAUCCCAGAUCGACAUCGCAGAGUUGAGCGAUGCGGAAGAUGACGGCGAUGAGGAUAGUGAUAUGGAAGAGGUAGAUACGUGAUCGGCUAUAGCGAUUGGUGGCU